CAGUCGAAAGAACCUCUCAUCCCGCAUGAAAUACCAAAGAGAGCAUGGGCAAAAAUCGGUUGUGAUAUCUUUGAAUUUGAAAAGAAAUCGUAUUUAGUAACAGUGGACUACUACUCGAACUUCUUCGAAGUUGACCGCCUUGAAAAAUUGACAUCACUGGCAGUCAUAAAGAAACUAAAGCCCCAUUUCGCCAGGUUCGGUAUUCCAAAUACUCUCGUGACAGACAACGGCCCACAAUUCAUCAGUGAUGACUUUCGAGACUUCUCUAUGAAGUACCAAUUUGAGCAUAUAACGACCAGUCCCUAUCACCACCAAUCCAACGGCAAAGCCGAAUCUGCCGUCAAGCAAGCCAACCGAAUAAUUCGAACAUGCAAAUCAUCAAACGAUGACAUUUACCUUGCCCUUCUUGCCCACCGAAACACCCCCAAACAACUCAUGAAACAAGCCCCGCACAACGACUGUUUAACCGCCGUACAAAGACUCCCUUGCCCGUCUCGGAGAAGUUGCUCCAACCGAAGAUAAAUUCGCAAGCAAACAAACGCAUUCAACAAAGACAACAGCUCCAAAAGAAAUACCACGAUCGUGGCGCAAAAGAGCUCAGCCCGUUGCGGAAAGGAGAAGUGGUGAGACUACAGCCAACCCGAAUCGGCGAAAGAAAUGGAAGAGAGGGAUAGUCGUACGCAAAGCCGGGAUAAGAUCAUAUGAAGUCCAAUGCAAAGGGUAUACCUAUACUAGAAACAGAAAAUUCAUCCGACGAUCAAGGUUACCUGCAGAAUUCGGUAGUGACAACGCAGAUGAAGAGAUGUCAGACAUGUCCGAAGCGGAAGAGAACGUUUCUGUACCUACUGACAAUGAUCUGCCCCAAGAAAACCCUCAACCAGCACACUUAGAACGCAAUGAAACAAGUAGUGAAACAAGUUCUACAAGCAAAACCCGUAGUGGACGGUUAGUUAAAAACCUGACAGGCUAGGUAUAGACACAUAAGGGAACGCGGUAUAUAUACGGUAUAUUUAUAAAGAAAAAAACUUUCAGAGAAGAGGAGAUGUUGGACAUUUACUGUUGACAUUAAUAUUUUAGUUAUAUUUGCUCGGACAGGGAAAACUGGGAACGAAGGAAAAGGGCGCGAAAAUAGGUGUAGGACACGGGAUUUUGGAGAUAGAGUAUAUACAUGUUAUGAGUUUAUAUUAUGCGAAGUAUAAUAUAAGAAAUAAAACUAUCAAAAGUUAAUGAAAGUGAGAAGCAAAUAACAUAGCGCAUGAAAGACUCUGCGGAACAGAGAGGAGUUCAGUGAACUACAUUGAAAUUUCUUGUUGCGACCACUGACCAAAUAAUAAGUUCAUUUUAAAAUAGCUCGGAUUACAUAAACCAACUGACAACUUGUUGAAAACUGACAAACUUUGUUUCUAUUUGUGGGCCGUUCCUUGCGCGUGGGUGGUCUGUGACCUCUCAUGUUGGCGUGUGAAGAAAACCUAAAUUCUUUGACUUUGUUUUUUUUCUGAUCACACUGGGAUCACAGGUUUCGAAUUGAUAACGUCAUAUGAUAUGCGGUACUUGUGCUAUUUUGUCUAGAACUUUAACUGUGGUAUUCGAUAUUCCAGAAACAAAGUCUUGUAAAGAGGAUACGGUAUUCUAAACAAGUACCAGACCGUCGUAUUAGAGAGGUUCAGAUUUGACUUCCACCACCGCUCACAGACUUAAUACGCAUUUGAUUGGUUAAUUAGUACAAAUCUUUGCCAAAAACUAUGGUAAAUAAACUGUAAUUUUACAUAAUUUGAAAGACCUAGUGCCCCCCGUUCAAUGUUCGCCCCACAAAAAAAAACAAUGUAUGUUCGUCAAACGCUAACAUUGAAACAGCUGGGGAGAGAUUGGAGUAAAUGUGUAAACAAUUGUAAACUACAUCCGAACGCAUGUAAAAACUAGAUCCCAAUUUUUAUUGUCAAAGAUUGCAGAUUAAAUGCAUCUGAUUGGUUAAUGGUAAGGUAGCGGUAGUGGAAGUCAACAUUUGAACUUCGCUAUUGGCGUACCUCCCGUACGUAGCACCCGAGAAGCAACGAAACGAUAGCUACCGUACUUUUGGGCCAUUGUAUAGUUAUCACUAUGUGUGUUGACAACAUGUUGGUACUCGAAAUUGAAAGUCUGAAAGCCAAAGUUAAAAUGUACAAAACAAUGGUUUGUUUCUUUUUAGGUUAUAAAUGCAUCACAGACGAUUGACGAUCUUCAUAUGGACAUAAAAGAAAUAGUAGAAAACACAAUCAAUACUGCAAGAAAUAGCAAACUUCAGAUGCUGUGGCCUUUGUCAGGUCCGAAUCAAACCGAGUCUUAA